GCCUGUUUCAAAUUAGUCUUCUUGAAGACUCUACUACUGCAAUAAUCCAAGGUCAAUAGAAGAAACUCUCGUGAAUAUGAAAUUUUGGAUUAUCUUCUUUUUAACAUUACACCAAACACUAUCUCAAGACAAUGCUGAUUUUUCUCCGAGGACAAGGGUGCACAAAUGCAAAUCUAUUUUUCAAAGACCAGCUACUUGUAAGAGUCUUAAUGACUGUCAACCAUUGUUGAAUUUAAUAAGGAAACAUCCCUUCAUUGGACAUCGCAUACUAAAGUCAUCACUCUGUUCGAUGAACUUUUUUGAUGUAACGAUUUGCUGUCCUAACAUCGAUGACAAUAACGAAGACAAUAAUAAGAAUAAUAGCAACAAUAAUCAACCUGAAGAUAAAUCAUCAGUGGAAUAUCUUCAGCCACCUCAAUGCGGUUACAGCGAUGCUGUUCACGACAGAGUAGUCGGCGGAAACCCGGCUGCCUUAGGAGCUUGGCCUUGGAUUGCUUUAAUCGGAUAUGGACAACCAUCAUCGCCAUACGUUAACUUUAGAUGUGAUGGAACUUUAAUAUCGUCUCGACAUGUAGUUACUGCGGGCCACUGUAUACAGAAUGAUCUUAAAUCAGUACGAUUAGGAGAACGAAAUCUUAAAAGUAAAACUGAUGGAGCUAACCCGAGAGAUAUACUAGUUGAAGAAGCAAUUGUUCAUCCAGAAUUCGAUGAAGAGACGUUAAAAAAUGACAUUGCCAUUUUAAAACUCAACAAAGAUGUACAAUUCACAAACAUGAUUCAACCUAUAUGCUUACCGUUGCCCAACGAUGUUAAGAAUCGCAAUUAUGUUGGAACAUUCCCAUUUGUGGCUGGUUGGGGAGCAACAUAUUACAAUGGUUCUUCAAGCGACGUUUUACGUGAAAUACAAGUUCCAGUAGUUAGCAAUGCACAAUGUGAGCGAUCUUAUCAAUAUGUUCGGGGUCUUACAGUAGAUGACAAUGUAAUAUGUGCUGGUUACGCUCAAGGUGACAAAGAUGCAUGCCAAGGUGAUAGUGGUGGCCCAUUGAUGUUCCCAAGGAACGCCACUUAUUACUUGAUUGGCGUAGUAUCGGGUGGUUACAAAUGUGCAGAACCCGGCUUCCCAGGUAUAUAUACUCGUGUUACUUCUUUCUUGAACUUUAUCCGAUCUAAUAUGAAUUGAUUACGUUAAUGCUGGUUGAAAGAAAUUAUUGUAUUCUUUUGAAAAGAAAACUGUUACAAUGUACUCCAUACAAAUCGAUACAAAUAGACAUACUUUUAUGAAGAAUAAAGCCAUCGUUAUUGCGUCAAUGCAUUACCUUUCAUAUCUUUUAUUUAAAUGCGGCUGCCACUUUCUGUGAUUACAUUAUC